AUGAAGCCAGUACUUUGUUACCUCAGGAAAUUGGGUCACCAAUCCUCCCUUUACAUUGAUGACUCAUUACGAACAGGUCAAACCUAUGAUGACUGUGCAGCUAAUGUGAUUGACACAACACAGCUCAUAGACAAGUUGGGGGUUAUAGCUCACUCUGACCAACUGUGCCCUGACAAAUCUGUUUUCAUCCCCACUCAUGAAUUAGACUAUCUUGGAUUCACACUGAACUCCAAAACUAUGCAGGUGACUAUAACACCUGGAAAGAAGUUGAAUCUCAUAUAAACAUGUAAGGAACUCCUUACGAAAGAAUACCCUACUAUCCGUGAGGUUGCUAGGGUAAUAGGCUUGCUCAUCUCAAACUUCCCAGGUGUUGCAAUGGGACCACUACAUUACAGACUUUCUGAAGCUGACAUAAUGCAGCACUUAAACAUAACAAAGGAAAGUUUGAUGCCACUGUGCACUCUCGGCUGAAGCCAAGGAAGAACUUGUGUGGUGGAUAAAUAACAUUGACACUGCAUUCAACCCAGUACAUAGGGGGAAACCUAACAUAACCAUACAGACAGAUCAGAUGCUUCAAACUGAGAUGGGGAUGUGCACUGGGUGACAAAACAACUGGUGGACUCUGGGGCCAAACUGAGUCUUAUGAACACAUCAAUUACUUAGAAACACUAGCAGUCUUUCUGUCACUUAAAUCCUUUCAACAUAUUCUAAGUGGCAACCAUGCAAUGAUUAUGGUGGAUAAUACCACUGCUGAAAGCAUCAUUAAAGAAAUGGGAACCAGCCUAUGUAAUUCUAGAUUAAAUCACCUGGUAAAACAAAUUUGGCAGUGGUGUGAAAGCCAGAAAAUAUGGAUAACAAUGGCACACAUACCAGGGGUUAAAAACUGUCAAGCAGACUUUCAGCCUCGGUCUUUCAAUUGGGGGACUGAAUGGUGUCUUAGUUAACAAAGACAUACUUACCUUGGCAUGUAACAUGCUCAGGUUUACCCCUGACAUUGAUCUAUAUAUUUGUUUCCAGAUUCAACCAUCGUAGCAUUUAGACCAGACCCUGAAGCAAUUGCCAUUAAUGCCUUUCACAUGACAUGGACUCAAUUUGCUCUCUAUGCUUUCCCACCAUUUAGUGUGAUAAUGCAAGUGCUACAGAAAGUCCAAGAAGAUCAAGCCUCAGGGAUCCUAGUGAUCCCAUAUUGGCCAACACAGAUAUGGUGGCCGAAAGCAAUGAACAUGAUUGUCCAACAGCCAAUUGUCUUACCAAAAAGCAAGGAUCUAUUAUUCCUCCCCAACCAACCCAACAAAAUAUAUGGGACAUGAGCAUUGUCUUGAACCACCUUAAACAGUCUAAAAUUGCCAAAGAACUGUCACUGAAAGACUUAACUCUAAAGCGUGUUAUGCUAAUGGCACUUUUGUCUGGGCAGCGAUGCCAGACUCUGCAAUCAUUAAGUAUUGACAGCAUGAAACUUGGUGAUGAUGAGUGUGUUUUUCCCAUUAACAAACUACUGAAAACCACCAAACCUGGUUCCAAACCACUAAAACUGUGCUUUAAAAGGCUUUUCCUCUGGACAAACAAUUAUGUGUCCCACAUCACCUGUUGGAAUAUAUACAACGCACAAAGGGAAUCAGGGAAGACACAAAACAGCUCCUUGUGGCUCACCAAAAGCCCCACAAAGCGGUCUCAACAAAUACAAUAUCGAGGUGGAUAA